AUGGCUGGGCCUUUUGUAAAUAAACCAUUUGCAGAUUUAGUGAUAUCACCUCUUGGUGUUUUGCCUAAAAAAGAAAGUGGAAAGUAUAGGAUGAUUCAUCACCUAUCUUAUCAUAAAGGAAGAUCAUUAAAUGAUGCUAUAGACAAGGCUGACACAACUGUUCAGUAUCAGUCUUUUGAUAGUGCGAAAAGGAGCCUUCGAUUGUUUUAUUUACCUGUCAAAACUAUAUAUAGAGCACCAGAGGCUCUUUUCCAGCCAGUUUUACUAGAUAUGGAGAACAGUGAUAUUCAUGAAACCACCUACAGCUCCAUUAUGAAGUGUAAUGUGGACAUACAAAAUAAUCUGUAUGAGAACACUGUCUUGUCUGGUGGCAGUAAAAUGUACCAAGGCAUAGCUGAACGUAUGCAGGGGGAGCUCAAUGCAUUGGCCCCCAGCAGCAUGAAAACAAAGAUCCUGGCCCCACCUGAGAGAAUAUACUCUGUCUGGAUUGGAGAUUCCAUUCUGCCCUCUCUGUCCACCUUCCAGCAGAUGCGGAUCAGCAAGCAGGAGUACGAUGAAUCUUGUCCGUCCAUUGUGGUGUCAGUAAUAUAA